CUUUCAUCUUGGCCACCAUGUUCUACUCGCAGAUCAUCCUGGCGAAGAAGGGCCCUCUGGGCAAGAUUUGGCUGGCUGCUCACUGGGACAAGAAGCUCAACAAGCAGCAGAUAUUCACCGCCGACAUCCACAGCUCUGUGCAGAGCAUCCUGAACCCACAGGUGCCGCUCGCUCUGCGCGUUUCGGGCCAUUUGUUGCUUGGCGUCGUGCGCAUCUACUCGCGCAAAGUGAAAUACCUGUACACGGACUGCAGUGAGGCGCUGGUCAAGAUCAAACUGGCCUUUCGCCCCGGCGUCGUGGAUCUGCCUGCCAACAACCAGCAGGCGGCGUCUCACUCCAUCAACGUGUCGAACUUUGGCGAGUUCGAGGCCGAAGUCACAUAUUCCAUCGAAGCUAUUGCAGCGCCGUCGUUGGACGAAUGGAUCGCUGCAUCCAGCCAAACUUUGGCAAGACGCCAGGACAUCACUCUAGCUGAUCCACUGGACAAAGUUCGAGAGGCAAAUGGCUUUGCUGAGCGAGAUGUAAUUGCAAUGGAGGACUCUUUCGGCGGUGGAGAAGAAGACUGGCAGGCGUUCGACUUGGACGACAACUUUGGCAGCUCUGGACUGGAUAUCAGCGCUGUCAGUGACGUCGAAAUGGCUCGAGAGGCUGAUGCACCCAUGUUGCCCCUGGACGACUCGGGUAUUCUCAACGCUGGAGACAAGGACAGAAGCUCAAUAAUCACAGAAGGAGACCAGCCAGAGUUUGGCUACACUGAGGCGUCGUUCGAGAUGCCACUGGAGGUGGACAACCCUAUGGACGACCAUGUGGAUGUUAGUGGUGGUGCUCUGGAUGUCAGUGCAGAUCUUAAUGUCAGUAUUAACGGCUCGACACGUGCGUCGCUGGAUGCAGCACUGGGGAGUGUGGAGAUGGAGCCGAACAGACCCAAGAAGAAGAGGAAGAUCGCUCGUGACACCGUCACGGAGUUGACCUCUGCGUCCUUGAAACGAGGAAUGGAAGACACGUCCAGUAUCACCCGACGAGGCAUCACGUACCAGACACGUGCAAAGACGAGUGAAUUCGACUUGCAGACGGGAGCUGACAUGUUUUCUCGACCUUGUAUGGCCACCAUGUCGGAAGAACUUCUCAAGAUGUUCAAGGUCACGAUGAAGAAGAGGAAAUUCCCAUUCAGUGUCAAGGCACAAGACGAGGACGUUGAACUUACUCGACGUAUGAGCUCGAACUCGCGCUUGAGCACCAACUCGACUGGUCUGGACGUGACGAAUGGGUCGUGUGACGCCUCGAUGCUGCACGAUAUCGAGGAUGAAAACCACUUUGAGUUUGCCGACAUGGGUCUUCCCGAACUUGAGCGCGUGGACGAGACGUUCCCGAACUACGACGUGGGAGCCCCAUUCGAGCCUGAGCAGGACCUGGAAGAUCUGAACGUGGACAUCGAGUUAGGCGCCGUGAAUGACAUUCGAAGCGAAGCCAACGGCGGGACUCAAGGCGACCGCGUUGAGGCGUCGACGGCGCAGCACAAGUGGCACCCGCACACUGUGAAAGUGAUGAAAGUGUUGCGCAAGGCGCUGGACGACAAGGACGAAGUGACGUACAAGCAACUGACCAAGAAGACGCAAGACCGACGAACAGCAGCCGCGCUGUUCUUCGAGCUACUGCAACUCAAGACGCUCGACUACGUGGACGUGGAGCAGCCUGCGCCGUACGCGGACAUCAAGAUCUCCAAGGCAGCGCGUUUUGCGGAGCACAUCCCGGCGGUGGAUCGCGUAUCCACCUGAGAACAUUUUUGCGUGAAGGCAUAAAAUUAGGAAUCGGACGUUUUUUGUGCUA